CAAUACCAAUUAAAAGACCGUUAAGUAUAAAUUCAGUAGGUAUGUGGAGAACUAUAACGAACUAACUCACCCCGCCCUCCCGGAUGCAGGAACCUGGUCACCCUGGUGGCAGAACGUAUUUUCCGUCACGCCAUUUUCCAUCGACGACCGAGAAGAAUACCUCAAGAGAAACGCGGAUAGUGCGAGCUGUGAAUAGCAACAAUCACGAGAUCCAGUCAUGCAUCGUGAUUGUCCCCUGGACUGCAAGGUCUACGUUGGAAAUUUGGGAAAUAAUGGAAACAAGACAGAGUUAGAGAGAUCCUUUGGCUACUAUGGUCCCCUCCGCAGCGUCUGGGUGGCCAGGAACCCUCCAGGCUUUGCUUUUGUAGAAUUUGAAGAUCCCAGAGAUGCAACUGAUGCAGUGCGUGAGCUUGAUGGGAGGACGUUAUGCGGUUGCCGGGUGCGAGUAGAGCUGUCCAAUGGUGAGAAGCGCAGCCGCGCCCGUGGAGCUCCCCCUUCAUGGAGCAGGCGUCCUCGAGACCGAGACGACUAUAGGCGUCGCAGCCCGCCACCCAGACGAAGAUCCCCACGCAGGAGGAGCUUCAGCCGCAGUCGAAGCAGGUCUUUCUCCAGAGACAGGAGGAGGGAGAGGUCCCUCUCCCGGGACAGGAACUACAAGCCUUCGAGGUCUUUCUCAAGAUCAAGGAGCCGCUCCAGGUCUACUGACAGAAAAUAGUGGAAGAUCUGUCAGGUGUAAAGGGAGCUGAGUAUGAACGGUUGUACACCCGUUACCAUUUCGUAUGAUGGACUUCAACAUGGCCAAUGUGGUCUUUUUUUUUUCUUUUUUCUUUUUUUUUCUUUUUUAAAGCAGUCAUGCUUUUUAGUGUCCCUUGCCCCUUGUUAUGGUAAUUUUCAAAUACAUUGAGUGGGUGUGUACAGGUGUGAUGUCUCACCUAAGUCGCGUCCAUCUUGUCGGUCCUGCAGCCACCCAGCAUUCCAAUUCACCAGUUAAUCUUUUAAGAGCUUUGGUUGUUGUCAAUGAAUGUAAUGUGUAGUUUGACUUAGUGUGAGUAGUUCCUCAUCUUCAGCUUUUUUUUUUUUUUUUUUUUUUUUUUUGUAAAAAAGGGUUGGGGUGAUUUGUUAAAAAUAAAAUAAAAGAAAAAAAACUCCCUCCUUUUGAUUGUCUGUGUAUCAAGCCUAUUUUCAAUGUGCUACUUUGUUACUUCACAAAAAAGAUUUCCACCUGUUAAUGGUUUGUAAUGCACCUCUCGUUCAAAAUGCAAAACUCUGUCAUUGGUUUAAAAAAAAAAAAAAGAAAAGAUUUAAUGGCACAAGUGACAUUUUUGUCUGUACAUUUCCAUUAUUUUUCUUUUGUUUGAUACUUUGUGAAAUGAUCUCUCAAUUAAAAAUACCAGUUGAUUUACAAAGAAAAAA